AUGGGAGAGUUCCAACAGCAGCUGCUCACUCUUUUUGGGGGUCUAAUUUGUCUGUGUACUCUGGUGAAAUGCAUUAGAUUUUUGAAGUAUUUUUUCCCAUAUGUAUGGAAUGCUUUGCCUCAGUCUUUCUUUCGGUCAAUGGGAGAAUGGGCAGUGGUCACAGGAGCAGGAGAUGGAAUUGGAAAAGCAUAUUCCCUGGAGCUGGCAAAACGUGGAUUAAAUAUUGUUAUGAUAAGCAGAACACUUGAAAAACUGCAGAAAGUAGCCACUGAAAUUGAACAGGCCACAGGUAGAAAUGUGAAGAUCAUACAAGCUGACUUUACAAAAGAUUACAUAUAUGAGAAUAUUGAAGAAUGUCUUCAAGGCUUAGAAAUUGGCAUUUUGGUUAACAAUGUUGGAAUGCUUCAUAAUCCUCUUCCAUGCCGUUUCCUUAAUGGAGCAGACACAGACGAGAACCUCAUCAGCUGCAACAUUAUCUCUGUUACCAAGAUGACACGGAUAAUUUUGAAACAAAUGGAGCCAAGACAAAAAGGACUUAUUCUGAACCUUUCUUCUGGUUUGGGCACCUUCCCUUGUCCAUUAUAUACUAUAUAUUCGGCUUCUAAAGCUUUUGUAUGCACAUUUUCCAAAGCACUUCAAGCAGAAUAUAAGGCAAAGGGAAUUAUCAUCCAGGUGGUGGCUCCUUAUGCUGUUUCUACUCCAAUGACAAUGUACCAAAAACCCAAUCUCAUAACAAAGACUGCAGAGGAGUUUGUUAGAGAGUCACUGAUUUAUGUUACUGUUGGAGAGGAGACAUUUGGUUGUUUAGCCCAUGAGAUCUUGGCGUGCAUCCUGCAGCUCAUUCCGUUGUGGGUAUUCCACAGUGACAGAUUUCAAGAGGUGUUCCUGAACACAUUUCCGACUUACCUGAAAAGGAACUGGAAGAGCCCCUAA